AUGGCCUCUGCUGGUCUGCAGAUCCUGGGAAUUGUCCUAGCUUUGCUGGGCUGGGUAAAGGCUCUGAUUUCCUGCACCCUGCCCCUGUGGAAGGUGACCGCUUUCAUCGGCAACAGCAUCGUGGUGGCCCAGGUGGUGUGGGAGGGGCUGUGGAUGUCCUGCGUGGUGCAGAGCACUGGCCAGAUGCAGUGCAAGGUGUAUGACUCGCUGCUGGCACUGCCCCAGGACCUGCAGGCUGCACGUGCCCUCUGUGUCAUCACCCUCCUUUUGGCCCUGGUCGGCCUGCUGGUCUACCUUGCUGGGGCCAAGUGCACCACCUGUGUGGAGGACCAGGAUUCCAAGGCCCGCCUGGUGCUCACUUCUGGGAUCAUCUUUGUCAUCUCAGGGGUUCUAACCUUGAUCCCAGUCUGCUGGACAGCCCACACCAUCAUCCAGGACUUCUACAACCCCCUGGUGGCUGAGGCCCAGAAGAGAGAGCUGGGGGCCUCCCUGUAUUUGGGCUGGGCAGCCUGUGGCCUUCUGAUGCUGGGUGGGGGACUGCUGUGCUGCACCUGCCCCUCUGGAGAGGCCCGGAGCUCCAGCCAUUACAUGGCCCGAUAUUCAGCAUCUGCCCCGCAUUCCCCCUCUCGGGGACCCUCUGAGUACCCCACCAAGAAUUACGUUUGA